AUGGCGGAGAAAUCUGAGGACAGCAAGCCCGAGCUCUACAAUGAAAAGGACGUUUCCAUCAGGGUCAGCCAGAAGCCGGGCUACCUGUGCCGCAUCGAGGCGGAGUGCAGCCUGCCCCUGCCCCCCGACACCCUGUUCCACCAGAUCGUGACGCACCCAGACAACGCGACCAUCUUCAGGAACAUGGACAGCUGCACAUUCCGCAAGAUCCUGCAGCGAUCAGAUGCGGUACGCGUGCUGGAGGUGGAGCACGCCGCCAACUGGCGCAUCCUGCUCUUCCGCGGCACCUUCAAGACCAGACUGCGCGUGCAUGAGAACCGGGAGGACAAGGUGAUGAGGUUCGAGUUGCUGCCAGGCCGGGGGAUCAUGAAGCGUUUCAAUGGCGAGUGGCGGUUCAAAGCCGAUGAGGAUCGGCCCGGUUGGACCAGCACCCACCUUCACCAGGAGCUCGCGCUGAACAUCAACCCCCCGCCGCCGGUGGACCGGCUGGUGAAGGCCAUCUGCCGCUCCGUGGUCCUGCGCCUCGUCGAGGACGUCCAGGCGGAGUCCACCAGGAUCCAUCAGGGCAGGCCCUCCCUGGUGCCAUGGGAGCAGGUGGACGACAAGGAGAUUCUCUGA